AAAGAACCUCGCUCCACCCCUGCCUGGGCCGCCUGGAGCAUCGAUCCCUUCGACUUAUGUCCAUUGAUACGAGCAUUCUCUUUGUUGUAAGCACUUUGUAGUUUUUUUAGUAGCAAAUAAAUUGUACAACGUCACCGCCACCGGCAAUGCCACGCUUGUAGUUGAUCAUGUUGCGUUGAUGUGUCGCUAGUUCUUCAAAACAAAGCGUUCCAAUUUUUGUCUUCUUUUUCGGAUAAUUUGCGACUAGCACUUCGAUAACCUUCCCAAUUUUUGUCUUCUUGUUCAGACAGACCUUCGAUAACAAAGAUGUUGAUCCCAGCACAGCGUAGCUUGUUACGUUCCUCACAGGGGGUUAUGGCAGUGUCUUGUCACACCUCCGCGGCCUCGUCUAAACGCAGUCUUUCAACUACGUCGCGACCUGUAGUGCUGGUCCCCGCACGAGGAGGGGCCGCUUUGCCGUGUCGUGAUACUGCUACAACUGGUCCGCUCAACAAUACGAGCAUCAGAUUCAGAGCUAGAACUUCUGGUAGAAAAUCAAUAUCGGUCCACCAACAAGAACAGACCCGGUUUUUUGCACGAAAAUCAGCAGGAGGAGCAGAUGAUGGUAGCAAUGCACCUCCACCAGCAGCGACUAGUCCACCACCACCAGCGCCAGAACCGGUGGAUCCGUGGAAGGAGGUACUAUGAAGUUUAUGAGCAAAUUAGGCAUGAAUGUAAGUAUCUCACGCUUGGUUACGAGUUCUUAUUCAUGUUGAAGAUGUACAUCAUCAACUAGUACAUCGUUCUUAUUCAUGUUGAUGUACUUGCAUACACUCUUACAUCAACUCGUACUGUACUUACAUACACUCGUACAUCAACAACGACGUUGUCGCAUGUCAGGUGAAAGACCCAGCCGGCAGCGGCAAAACCUAUUGGUGGAACACGCAGACUAACCAGGUAACGGCACUUGGUGCGGCUAAGCCAGUACCUGGCGCAGAUAACCAGCAGCUGGCUAAUGCACAAAACGCACAGCCUCCAGCAGUGACUCGUGGUGGCCUGAUGGGUGCGAUAGCAGACGGGAUGGCCUUCGGGCUUGGUUCCAGUCUCAUGCAUCGCGCAAUGGAUGGGAUCAUGGGACCGAGGAGUGUUGAGGUACUACAAUCCUUUGAUCAAAAAGUGUAUGAUGACUAUAAUCAUGUUGACCUCCGCCGGGCAGGUAUCAAUCAUUCAGACAGUUGCCUACUAUUUAAUAGCAACAGCAACAACCUCUUUAAUAGCAACAAACUCGAUGUCCUCUUUUCCUCAAUCUCCCGUUUUAACAAGAACUACCCUUUUAAUUAUACAACUAGACAUCAUUACAACUAGUACCCUUUUAAUUAUACAACUAGACAUCAUUUAGGUAACCCACCGCAACGAAGAUGGAUCCUCUCCACCGCCUGACGCACCACCUACUCCACCACCUUCUGCAUCCGAUGAGGGAGGCUCCUACUUCCAGGAAGAGAGCAGCUGGUUUGGCGGCGAUGGGGAUGGCGGUGGUGGCUGGUUUGAUGAGUAAGUACUUCUAGGUCGAGCUAUGUACUAGGCUCGACCGACUAUGCUGUUUCAAUUUCACGGGAGGAUUUUCGAUCUGAUUGACGACCGACUAUGUUGCGUCAAUUUCACGGGAUGAUAUUCGAUGUGGAUAUGAUUGAAGAUGAUCAUGAUGACCCAUAUUAAUGUGGAAGACCACGAUCAUAUGGCUCCCCUGUCCUCCGUCUUCUGUCACGUUCAAUCUACUUGGCGAUGGAUUUGAAGAUGAAUAAUUGUUCUUGAGAUAGUUAUCGCCAAUUUAGAUCAAAA